GCCAUCGUUCGCCACAGCUGUUCUGCUCUGCGUCUAGGUUUUGAGAGAGACAAGCACCAAAGAAAGAAAGCAGAGCGAGCGAGCAAUCAUGGUGAUGAAGGUCCAUGGAAGCCUCCUCUCCGGCCCGGUGAAGCGGGUCUUGGUCGCCCUCUACGAGAAGGAACUCGAGUUCGAGUUCGUACCCGUCGACAUGCGGGCCGGCGAGCACAAGAAGGAGCACUUCCUCGCCCUCAACCCUUUCGGUCAAGUCCCGGCCUUUGAGGACGGAGAUUUGCAGUUAUUCGAAUCAAGGGCAAUUACUCAAUACAUUGCUCAUGUAUACAAGGACAAGGGCGCUCCCCUCGUUUGCGAGGGCAAACCCAUGGCGACUGUGAGCGUGUGGAUGGAGGUCGAGGCCCACCAGUUUGACCCCGUGGCGUCGAAGCUGCAGUGGGAGCUUGUGUUAAAGUCGAUGUUCGGCAUGACCACGGAUGCUGCAGUAGUCGAGGAGAACGAGGCCAAGCUCGCCAAGGUCCUCGACAUCUAUGAGGCCCGGCUGAGCCAGUCCAAGUACUUGGGCUGCGACUGCUUCACCCUGGCCGACCUCCACCACCUCCCGACCCUGAACAACCUGAUGGGGACUCCUGUGAAGAAGCUGUUCGACGCCCGCCCCAAGGUGAGCGCUUGGGUGACCGACAUCAUGGCCCGGCCGUCUUUGGCCAAGGUUCUUGCGAUGAGGAACCAGUAGUGAAGCAAAGGGUCUUGUUGAAAUUAUCUCAUGCUGGGGGCAAUAACAUUAGAUCUUUUCUACCCCUUUUUAUGUGAGUUGGUAAUUGCAUUGUGUUGUUGAUUCUGUCCUUUGGUCAAUGUUUUAUGUGGGAUUUUCUCUGAAGGGUCGUCUUCAAUCAUCAAAGUUGGAGAUGAUGAUGAGACUGGUGUUUUGUGAUUGUCUAUCAUGAGCAGUAAAGAUUGGACAGAUGCAGAGUUAUGUUU